UUCGUUUCUGCCACCCCCAGAUUGCAUCGUUCUCUCGUCCUCUCCAUGGCGGCAAUGGCGGCUGUGAGAAGCGCUCUCCUGAGUCACUUGAGGGUGAGAGUGGAAUCCCCGGCGGCGCCGGCGGUGACCCUCUCGUUCGUUCAUAUUUUCUGCCGCCGAUUCUCCAACGAGGUGAUGGGCUCCUUCCUCGACAAGUCUGAGGUCGCCGAUCGGAUCGUCACCGUCGUCAAGAAUUUCCAGAAGGUCGACCCCUCCAAGGUCACACCAAAUGCUCAUUUUCAGAAGGACCUUGGUCUUGACAGUUUGGACACUGUAGAGAUUGUGAUGGCUCUGGAGGAGGAAUUUGGGUUUGAGAUUCCUGAUAACGAAGCAGACAAGAUUGACUCGAUAAAUGUUGCUGUAGACUUCAUUGCCUCGCACCCUCAAGCAAAAUGAUACGCCAGCCCAUGGCAUUGUGUAUUGAUCUCUUCGCUUUUUUGUAUGACCUGCAUCAGGAAGUUUUUUGUCUUGAUGACUCCAUUUACUUUGGAAAUUUAAGUUCCAUCACAUAGCUACAAGCUUUAUAUUUGUCGAUGGUUGUGUCAUAAUUUUGUUAAUUCCCCCUUUAACCUAUAUGAAGGUGCUUUUGUGAUCUUUAUUGCUCUCAAGGUGGAAUAAUUUGGUAUUUUAUACA